AUGCGGGCCAAAAGCGGCGGACCUGACCAGGCGGUAAAGCGCCGCCCCCAGGCCGCCGAUUCGCUGAAGCGGCGGCUGCUGGAAAUGCAGCGAAAGCGCCCGAGCCUGGCUGCCCUUCCCCUCCCUCAGGGGUGGCGUCCAGGCCGCAGCCACAAAAAAAAACUUCCAGUGACGCGGUGCAAACCCAGUACUUUUGCCCGGGAACACGCUUUGUUUCCCUUCCCUUUCCCACUUACCUUGUCCCCGUCAGCCGACCUGCAACGGCCUCGAAGCCCCUCCUACCGGCUGUCCCUCCGACCCCUGGAGGUUGGAGGGCAGCAUGGAGAUCCCCUUCCUAUAGUUCACAAAUACUAUAAACCGGGAGACCUCAUCAUUGCUGCCAUUUUGUCCCAGAUCUAUGUAGCCAUCAGUCCAAUCACAUUUGACAAACGCCCCUCUGAGGAACUGUUCACUGACCUUGCCCAUUUAGAUCCAAGUAGGACCUAUCUUGCCUCAAUGGAACUUCUCUCCACACGGGGCAGGUUCAUCCCCAACUACAAAUCUGUUGCCCAGAGCCGUCCCGUCGCAGUCAUCACAGGACCUAACUCUGACAUCUGUCUCUCUGUGGCAACCAUUCUGGGCUUCUUCAAGACCCCACAGAUCUCAUAUGGCUCUGCACCCAAGACAGAUAACAAAAUGCAAGCUGUUUUCUUUCACCAAAUGUUCCCAAGCCAGACCCACCAAAAUAUAGGGAUUCUCCAACUUCUGUUGUAUUUCAAGUGGGCGUGGAUUGGGAUGAUUUCUCUGUCUGAUGAGACAGGAGAAAGAUUUGUACAGGAGAUGGUUCCUAUGCUAUCUCAGAAUGGCAUCUGCGUGGACUUCAUAAUCAAAAUGCCAGAAGUAGCGUUUUCCAGUGAAGUUGUAGAGGGAGUGGCUGAAGCAGUUAACAAGUACAAAGUUAUCAUGGGAAGCACUGCCAAAGUUUUGGUCCUCCACGGGGAAAUUCACACCAUGAUCAUUUUAAGAUUGUGCCUCCAAAUCCCAGAACUUGAGGACAUAUCAGUGAAGGCAACAGGGAAAAUCUGGAUAUGGACAGCUCAGAUGGACUUCACCUCUCUACCCUUUGAAAGAAGCUGGGACAUCAGUUCUAUCCACGGUACCAUAUCCUUCGCAGUUCACUCAAUGGAGCUCUCAGGAUUCCAGAAAUUUAUUCAGGAGAGAAAGAUUAACUCUGAAGAAAAAGAUGGCUUCAUCAGACUAUUCUGGCAACAGGCUUUUCUAUGUUCAUUUUUAAACUCCGCAGCAGUCCAAGAGGAUGGUGAAAUCUGUACUGGAGAGGAGAAACUGAAGGACCUUCCUGGAUCUGUUUUUGAAACCAUCACAACUGCCCACAGCUACAGCAUCUACAAUGGAGUUUAUGCUCUGGCGCAUGCUUUGCAAGAUUGGCAGCUCUCCAGUUUCAAACAUAGAGUAACAGCACACGGCAGGCAAUGGAAUCUUCUGGAUCAAGAGGGGUGGCAGCUCUACCACUUCCUGAGAAGUGUCUCCUUCAACAACAGCGCUGGGGAAAGCAUUUCCUUUGACACAAAUGGGGAACUAGUAACCAACUUGGAUAUUGUCAACUGGGUCACCUUCCCAAAUCAGUCCUUUCUUCGAGUCAAAGUGGGAAAGGCUGACUCAAAGGCUCUUCCUGAAAAAAUGUUCUCCAUUAAUGACAAGGCCAUUGUAUGGCCGGCUAUGUUCAACCAGGUGCAGCCCCUUUCUGUUUGCAAUGAAUGCUGUCGUUCUGGUUACAGCAAAAGAAAGAUCGAAGGCAGACCUUUUUGCUGUUAUGAUUGUCUUCCGUGUCCACCAGGGAAGAUUUCAAAUGAGGAGGACAUGAAUGAAUGUUUUGAGUGUCCUGAAGGUCAGUAUCCAAACAAAGGCCAGAAUUCAUGCAUACCAAAAGAGAUCAGCUUUUUAUCUUAUGGAGAACCUUUGGGGAUCAGCUUGGCCGCUGUCGCUCUUUCCUUCUUUGUCAUCACAGCUGGGGUGCUCAGGAUCUUUAUUAAGCACCGGGAAACUCCCAUAGUCAAAGCCAACAACCGGGACCUCACCUACACUCUCCUCAUUUCCCUCCUCUUGUCUUUCCUUUGUGCUUUGCUCUUCAUUGGCCAGCCUGAGAAGUGGACCUGUCUCCUUCGACAAGUGGCUUUUGGCAUCAUCUUCUCAGUGGCUGUUUCUUGUGUAUUAGCCAAAACAGUCAUUGUGGUUCUGGCUUUCAUGGCCACAAAGCCAGGAUCCAGAAUGAGGCGAUGGCUGGGGAAAAAGUUGGCCAGUUCCACUGUCCUUGCAUGUUCCCUUUUCCAAGCUACUAUCUGUACCGUGUGGUUGGCAACAUCUCCCCCCUUUCCAGGUUUUGACAUGCACUCAAUGACAGAGACAAUUGUGCUGGAAUGUAAGGAGGGUUCAGCCACCAUGUUUUACAGUGUCCUGAGCUUUCUUGGCUUCCUGGCCCUCAUCAGCUUCACUGUGGCUUUCUUAGCCAGGAAGUUACCGGACAGUUUCAACGAAGCCAAGUUCAUCACCUUCAGCAUGCUGGUCUUUUGUAGUGUGUGGGUCUCCUUCAUUCCAAGCUACUUGAGCACCAAGGGAAAAUCCAUGGUGGCUGUGGAGAUCUUCUCCAUUUUAACCUCCAGUGCUGGAUUACUGGCCUGCAUCUUCUCCCCAAAAUGCUACAUCAUUUUACUAAGACCUGAGCAGAAUAAAAGAGGACAUCUAAUCAAAAUGCAUGAAGUUGAGUGA